UUCUCCCCCUUCCCCUCUUGGUAACAUGGCGGCGCUCCUAAGGUCGGUUCGUCUUGUCAAGCGAUUGCCGGUGACCCGCAGCCUGCCCUCCGGCUUCGGCCACGCGAGGUACACGCAGCUCGGGAACGGCGUCGCUCCUCCUGGUCCCUGUGGUGGUUGGUCCAGUUUUUGCAGAUAUCUGAACAGCAAUGUGCACUUGUGUGCUGUAGCCACAGAGCAGAAGGCACCUCCUAAAGAUGAGGGGAUCACAGCAGUUCGAGCUAAACAAUCCAUGCAGUUUGACUGGGCCUUGAACAAGUUGGACUCAUCUGUACGGAGAACAGGUCGCAUCACAAAAACCUUGUUGUUGAAGAUUUUUCAUGACGUUUGUCGAACAGGCUUUCCUAGUGGCAAUCAAGCCUUGCUUCUGCUCCGUAGCUGUGGUUCUCUGCUUCCGGAGAUGCAACUCUCAGAAAGAACGGAUUUGGCUCACAGAAUCUGGGACAAACUGCAAGAACUAGGUGCUGCAUAUGAUGUGAGCCAUUAUAAUGCGUUGUUGAAAGUCUACCUUCAGAAUGAGCAUAAGUUUUCACCAACUGAUUUUUUGGCAAAAAUGGAAUCUGCAAAUGUGCAACCCAAUCGAGUUACUUUCCAGAGACUAAUAACAGCGUAUUGUAAUGAAGGAGAUAUUGAGGGUGCAAGUAAAAUCCUCGGUUUCAUGAAAAGUAAGGACUUACCAAUUACAGAAGUGGUGUUUAAUUCCCUGGUGACAGGACAUGCACGGGCUGGUGACAUGGAAAAUGCAGAGGGUAUUCUAACUGUGAUGGGUGGUGCAGGAAUUGAGCCUGGUCCGGAUACCUAUGUUGCACUGCUGAAUGCAUAUGCUGAAAAGGGAGAUAUUGAGAAUGUGAAACAGACACUGGAGAAAGUUGAAAAGACAGAUGCCAGCCUGAUGGACAGGGACUUGAUGCAAAUCAUUUUCAGCCUGGCCAAGUCUGGCUAUCCACAAUAUGUUCAGGAUAUUGUGGAGCGGAUGAGACAUGACAGGGGAUAUGUACCAGAUGCAAUGAAUCUAUGUUUGAGCUUGAUUACACAAGGUUGGGAAGAAACUGCUUUCCAAGUGUUGAAAACUUUUCCUAUGUUUCAGUCUGAGAACCAAAAUGGCGAUUCAUUAGAUCUUGGUAACUUUUUCAUCCGGCACUGUACUAAUCAAGACACGACAAUAGACAAGCUCUGUCACUUCUGUGAGGGACUAAUAGAGGCCAAUUUGCAUUCAGCUCCUUUCCACUUUGCUCUUUACUGUGCACUGGAUGCCAAAAAAUCUGAAAUGUCAAUUGAGCUCAUGAAGAUCAUGCAGAAGAAAGGUUUAUCUGUUCGGCCCCAUUAUUUUUGGCCUCUGCUCGCCCAGCAUCAGAAAGGAAAAAACACACAAGGGAUCGUAGAAGUACUGAAGGCCAUGCAGAAUCUAGGAGUAGAACCUGAUGUAGAGACCUACGCAAAUUAUGUGCAGUCGGCAUUUGACAGCAUUGAGACAGCUCGUAUCCAGCUUGAGGAAAAUGGAUGUCUGGUCAACACAGUUGGAUUUUAUGCCUCUGAACUCAGAACAGAAGCUUUAAAUGGACAUUUGGACAAGGUUUAUUCUAUGUUAUCAUUACCAGAAAACCCAGCAGUGGAUUUGAGCAGUUUCAGGGGCAGUCUUAUUUUGGGAUUCAAAAGGUCUGAGGAUUUUGAUUUUCUUGCCAAGAUAACAGAAUUGUUGUACAAAGAUGAGCGUUAUUGCCAGAAUUCUCCAGGACCGACUGAAGCUGUUGGCUAUUUUCUUUAUAAUUUGAUUGACAGCAUGAGUGACUCUGAGGUGCAGGCCAAGGAGGAGCAUUUGAGACAAUACUUCCAUCAGUUGAACAAGAUGGAUGUAGUAAUUCCAGCAAAUAUCUACAAAGGAAUUCGAAAUUUGUUGGACGCUUAUCACAUUCCUGAGUUAAUUAAGGAUGUCAUUGUUUUAGUUGAUGAACAGGAUAAGCUGUCUGCUGCUGACCUGCCAAAAGGGUCUGAGGAGAAAAUUGCUGCCCUGGAAGCAAGAUUGGCAGAACUAAAAAUGGACAAUAAACCUAUUGGAGAGACGGUGAAGCAACUAAUCCUAUUGCUUUGUGGAGCUGAGAAUAUGCAAAAAGCUCUUGAAGUGAAAACUCAAUAUGAAUCGGACAUGGCUAUCGGUGGCUACGCUGCACUAAUAAAUCUUUGCUGUCGACACGAUAAUGCAGAAGAGGCAGUGAACCUUAAACAAGAAGUGGACCGUAAAGAUUCCUCGGCUGUCCUUGACAUAAAUAAGUACUUGGCACUUGUGAGGGUCUUAGCCAAGCAUGGUAGACUAGAAGAUGCUAUUUUAAUCCUAAAGGAAAUGAAAGAGAAAGAGGUUGCUCUAAGAGAUACAACCACCACUUCGUUCUUCCAUAUUCUGACUGCUGUUGCCUUGAAAGGAGAAGCAGAUGCAGUGAAACAGCUACUUGAAUCCAUUGUCAAUUUGGGCUUGGCUAAGCCAACUGCCAACCUCUGUUCACCAUUGAUCGGAGUCCAUCUUGAUCAGGGGAAUCUACCUGCUGCCCUAAAUGCAAUAAUUGAUUGUCAAAAGAAAUAUGGCCAGAUGCCGAGGCUUCAUGAUAUUUUGUGCAAGUUGGUCGAUGAGGGGGACACUGAUCUCUUACAGAAAGCUAUGGAUUUUGUAAACCAGGAGCGAGGUGAAAUGACAAUGCUGUAUGACCUUUUUUUCGCUUUUCUUCAGAGUGGGAAAUACAAAGAGGCCAGAAAAAUUAUCGAGACUCCUGGCUUGCGAGCCCGUCCAGGAAGGCUUCAAUGGUUUGCAGAUAAAUGCACAGCCACAAAUCAGGUUGAAGCACUUGAGAACAUGGUGGAAAUGACGCAGAAGCUAUUUGAAUGUGACCGGGAUCAAAUGUACUAUUAUCUUUUGAGGUUUUUCAAGGAAAAUAAUGACUGGCGGAAAGCUGAUGCAACAUGGACCAAAAUGCAAGAGGAAAAUGUGAUACCCCGGGAAAGAACUCUCCGAUUACUUGCUGAGAUACUCAAGACAAGUGGUCAGGAGAUUCCAUUUGAAGUUCCAGAGUCAUGGUAUGAGGAUGCUGUAAGAUCGACUUCAUCUACUCUCAAUCAAGCCACGCAAACAAGAACUAUUGAUUUGACCAUUGAUUCUUCAAGUGAUUAUCAGCGUCGACUGCUCAUGUUGUGCAAGAAGAAUCAUAUUCAAGAUGCCCUUAAUGUAUUCAUGGAAGCUGAAACGAAGGGUCUAGUAUUCAGCUCAGCAGCUUAUUCAAGCUUCAUGAAUACUCUUCUGAGUCAUGGGUUAUUGGAGGAAGCCAUGGAUGUCAGAAGCAAAGUUGAGACCCGCAUCAAGGGCUUUACACUGAACGACGCUGCCAACAGCCUACUCAUCAUAACGCAAGUUAGGCGGGAUAAUCUGAAAGAUGCUGCUUCUACCCUAAAAGAGAUGUUGCAAGUUAAUCAAGUACCCAGUCAGCUCGCUGUUGCACGGUUAGUCCAAGCUUUAGCCUCCAAGGGUGAUGUGGAGAAAAUUCAGUUUGUGGAAAAAUUGAUGAGCAACUUGGCACGACAUAUCAACUUGUCCAAGAUGUUAUUUAUCAAUAACUUAGUCCUGGCUCAUAUAAAGAAUAACAAUAUUGACACAGCAGUGGAAUAUAUUGAACCAUUCUACAUUCCAGGAGAAAAUAGUCCUCAGCAGCAAGCAACUAGCAUGUCCUAUGUCUUUAGAAAAAUAUUAGAGGAAAAUUGUGAAGCAGCAAUAGACAAAUUGAGCGCCAUGGCUGAGCGGUUAGCUAAUCAUUUUGCAGUGUAUAGGCCCGCGACUGACCUCUUCCUACAAUAUAUGGAUCUCAACAGAACUGAAGAUGCCAAACUCCUUUUACAGAGGUGCCCUGCAAUUGCCGAACAGAAGAAAAGUUUGAUUUCAUUCGUUGCUAAGUCUGCACAGAAACCUGGGCAGGCUCACAAGAUCACAGGGCUCCUUGAUCUGAUGAAAGAUUUUCCAGAAAAAGAAGUGGCGUAUUCAUAUCUAAUGAAAUGUUAUGCAUUAGACAAUGAUGUGGUUUCUGCAAAGACUUUGUAUGAAAAGGUUCAAGAAGAAAAGUUGAUACCAGACGAGUUGUUCCUGAAGCGCCUUGCUGUGCUACUGAAAAAUUCAGGGGAAUCUGUGUCUUUCACUGAACCCCCUGAAAGUUUCAAAUUUUAUGCAGACAAGCUCAGGCGAGAAAAGGCAGCAGAAUCUUCUGAUGAAAGUCAAGAUGAAGAUUGAAACUAUCAGACAUUUUUAUACUUUUGAGCCAAUUUAUGAUGAAUGUGUAUUUCUGAAAUGUUAAUUUUAACUGUGUUGACUGUACAGAAGUAUUUAAUGUGACAAAUAAAGAUUCAGAGGAGACAAAA